CGAGCAGGAACCUCAAACAAUGGCCGACGAAGAGAAAGUUGAAAACACUGUAGAAACCAAGACACAAGUAGAAUCUCAUGCAAAGCUGACAUUAUUUGUAAGAGGGCUUCCUUAUGAUGCCACAAACGAAGAUCUGGAACAAUUGUUUGGCGAGAUUGGUCCUGUUCGAAAGGCGUUUGUUGUUACAGAACGUAAAGAAGAUGAACAGCAAAAGGAAGAAGAGAAGAAACCGGUGAAGAACAAAGGAUUUGGUUAUGUUCACUAUGCGAUGGAAGAAGACGCUCAGACAGCAAUCACAAAACUAAACAAUACGAAAUUUAAAGGAAGAAAAAUAAGAGUUGAGUUUGCCAAACGUAAGUCAGAAACUGCUGCUCAUGAAGAAACAAAGAAAAAAGAAGAGGUUCCUGAACAGAAGAAGAAAGUCACAUCAGCUCAAGAUACUCAAUUUGACGUCAAUGCCCGUUUGAUCGUUCGUAAUUUGCCCUGGAAGUAUAGAGAAGCUGAUUUAAAGAAAUUGUUCAGUGCACACGGUAAUGUACAUGAUGUCAAGCUUCCUCGUAAAUGGGAAGGGGGCCCCCUUCGUGGAUUUGCCUUUGUACAGUUUGAAAAAGUGGAUGAAGCCAAAGCAGCUAUGGAUGCAUUAAAUGCAACUCAACAUCAUGGUAGAACAAUUGCUGUCGAUUGGUCUCUUCCUAAGCGCAUGUACGAAGAAAGCGAGGCAAAACAGACCGAGACAGAACAGUCAGUUGACAAGGAUGUGGAGAUGAAAGAGCAAGAUAAAGAUGAUGAAAGUGAAAACCAAGACAGUGAAGAAACUGAUUCAGAAAUGAAAGAUAACGAAGAUGACGAAGUCGAAGAUGAAAGCGACUCUGAUGAAGAAAGCGAUGAAGAAGUUGAUCAAGACGAAGAAAUGGACGUUGAGAGUGAAGAAGAAGGUGAAGCAGACACCGAGGACAGCGAGAAUGACGAAGAUGAAAGUGAAGAAGAAGAUGAUGACAGUUCAGAUGAAGAGGCAAAAACAAAAACUAAGAAAGAAACAAAGAAGCCAAGUAAGCCUAAAGGCCCAACUCCUGCUGAAGGUCGAACACUGUUUAUUCGUAAUCUCUUGUUUGAGUCAACUGAAGAAGAUUUGAAGCAAUUGUUUCAAGAAAACUGGGGACCAGUUGUGUACGCCAAAAUUACAAGAGACCCAGAAACUAAGUUAUCGCGUGGAACAGGCUUUGUUUGUAUGAAAAAGAAAGAAGAUGCUGAUAAAUGCUUAAAACAUGCAGAAGCUCUCCGUAAUUUGUCUCAAAAGGAUGAAACAAAUGACGCAGAAGCAAUGAAGGAUUUACUCUCUAAGCGUGAAAAGAAGAAGAAAGGACUGAUGUUCAAGAGUAUCAUCACACCCGAAUCAACAUCAGGCGAUGGUGCCAAGUUUACACUCCAUGGACGAGUGUUAGAUGUCACAUUAGCCGUGGAUCGUGAACAAGCCAAGCAGAUCAAAGACGACAAUCUAUCGCAAAAAAGAAAGGAAGAUAAACGUAAUCUCUAUCUCAUGCGUGAAGGUGUCAUCUUUCCUGGAACGCCUGCUGCUGAAACAUUAACACCAUCAGAAUUAACAAAACGUCAAAUGUCUUUCUCUAGCAGAAAGAAGCUCGUCAGCAAUAAUCCAUCUUUAUAUAUAUCCAAGACUCGUCUUUCGAUUCGUAACUUACCUAUAAAAGUGGAUGACAAGGACCUCAAGGCACUUGGUGUCAGCAGUGUUCAAAAGUUUAAGAAUGAAGUAAAGGCUGGUCUUCGCGAAGAUCUCUCAAAAGAAGAAAAACAAGAAGGAUGGCAAUACCUGCCUCGUGUUAAACAAGCAAAGAUUGUCCGAAGUAAAGAUAGAAUAGACACUACAACAAAUAAGCUUCGUUCAAAAGGUUAUGGCUUUUUGGAGUUUACGACACAUGCACACGCACUUGCUUCCCUAAGAUACCUGAAUAACAAUCCAGAUGUUUUUAAAGGAAAGAGACUUAUCGUAGAAUUUUCACUGGAGAACAAAGAUGUAGUAGAGAGAAGAGGUAAAAGACCACAAGGUAUGACUAAAGAUGAGCCUAUGAUUGGCAAGAAGAGACCAAGAGAAGAGGAAAAGGGUAUAGCCGGCAAGCAUAAACCUAAAAAGGCUUUUAAAAAGAGAAAAUAAAAAAACUUCUUUUAUAAAAUUGUAAAGUAACCUUGCUUCAGCAGCAAUGUAACCUGAUGUAACCAGUCUUGCAUACAUUUUCAGUAACAAAUUGACGCCCUGAUCUUCUUAUUUCAAAUGCCGUAUUAAACUUGACUGUUGCAACAAGUAAUGAAUUGCAUAAAUUGAUUUCGUAAAAUAAGAAAAAGAGAGAGAGAGCAAGUGAGCAAGAUGGGUAUAUUUAUAGUUGUUCCCUCCUUAUUUUAAGUUUAACUACUUUUUUACAAUAAAAAAAAAAGCUCUCCCUUAUUUCCGCCAAUCAUCCCCG